UCCGCCGUGCUGUAUGCUGCCCGCGCGUAGUGAUCUGCUGCUGCCGCGACAGAGCUCAAGUUCAGUGAGUGUCACCUGACUGGUACACCUUACCAUCUCAUGGAACCAUCAGUUGAAUGGCGGGUGGGCAGUGGAACUACCGCGUUUAACCGUACGUGAAAUCGUGUACUUGACCAAGUGUGUAAAAUGGUGAAUGUAUCAGUGAUUUGUUGGAUUGAAAACUUCUACAAUAAGAAUUGCUAUAAUUAUUUAGUUUAAAAUGGAAUAUACUAGGAAGGAGCUAACCGACAUCCCAGGUCAUGUGACGUCGCAGAGGUCAAGACAGGCUACGAUACUUGGAUACACGCAUUUCCAGGAUAUUGGAAUAUACACAACUAUCAGCUUCUCCACGUGCCUACCUUCGAAACGAACAACUGAUUUGCCUGUGAGAUACAAAACGCCCGAGAAACCUGAUCGGCCUCGUAGACGUGCUCGAGUAGCCGUAUUGGCAAGGAUGUUAGCACUCCUCUCCUGAAGUCGCCAUAAUGAGCCGCGACGAUGUUAACAUCCGCCAACACCGAAGCCGACUCCUGCAGCUGGCAGAGUCCACUUCAUCCAACAGCAGCGUGAAGCGGCGCGGCUUCAGCAAUGCCCAGCUGCUGCGAAGCAAUGGUGGAAGGAAGUUGCUGCAGGAAUUGGUGCGUAGUGACCCCAGCUACACACCCAACAUCGAGCACCUCGUGUUCCCCGACAGGCGCAACAGUGCCGUCACGUCGCCCAUUACAGCCACUGCUCCUCAGAAAACAAGUUCCAACUCCAAGCCAACUCGGUCCAGAUUGGCGGAAGUUUUCGCCCUCAGCAGGUACUCCCACCACUCACACCAGGCAGGCAGCGUCGACUCCAAAACCCCUAAGUCAUCGGCGUCCACCAAAGCCAGCAAAUCUACUAGGAAGUCAUUAGGAAGUAUCUUGAUGUCUUCUAAGGAUGGUGUUGGUGGCGGUCGUGGAGUAGGCGGAGGUCAUCAGCCUACUGGCGGCACGGGCCGGGGCGAGGGGCCUCGGCGGUGGGCGAGCGAAGAACCGGUCCUGCAGCAGUCUGAGACGCGCACAAGUCCGAGCCUCGACAGCGGCAAAGCGUGGCGUUCCACCGACCAGCAACAGCAACACAGAAGCGAUCUCUCAUCGGCACAGCCGCAGCAGGACGCAGCGGACAUGGCUACCACAAGGGGCCCCAAUGUGUCCAUCCUGCACCUGCGCAGCACAUCGGAGCCUUGGGAGACAUUGACCACCACGUCCUCCUACACUUCGCGGCCCUCGUCCCGAAGCAGCGUCGUGGGCCAUAUAAGCUCCAUCCCCACGCUACAGGUCAAAUAUGCGGGCAACAACGGCACGUCGCAGACACGCAGCGCCAACUACGCGUCGUUACCGCCAUCUCGUCGUCGUGACGCCGGUCCCACCGCGCUCUUCAUUGCGAGUAGCUUAUCGUCGGUUGACCGCGGUACCAACAAUGGUAGCUGUAGCCGCGAGCUAUCGCCGGUUCGAUGGUGCGACCGCGAAGUGGAUGGAGUCUACCUCGGUCGCUCGGGCUGGGUACAGGUCCAGCAACGCUCGCUGGACGAGAACCGUCGAGCGAAUUACGGGAUUUUACCUCCAGCCCCCACCACGGUGCCUCUUGAAUCUGUAGGGGGUACGCUGCCCUCGCGACGUCCUGGCAUCAAGCUCGCAGACUACCACUGCAGCAACAGUGAGCCAGGAAAAUUCCCAGAACCCCUCAAGUUGGAGGAACAACAGCGACCUGCUUUUUUACCGCUCCCAAUUGGAAUCACCAAAGGACGCGAGUUUGAGCACCGCAUUACUAGCCGCAGUACAUCGCCGUCCCCUCAAGAUCAUAGCCUACCGGGUGAUCCAAUGUCGCCACCAUCAGUAACUCCUAUCAUAUCUCCCCCGCCGGCAUUCCAGGACCCAAGUCGUAGAUAUCAAACAGCACCUCGUCUUCGAGUCAGUAGCGGUAAACCUCCCUUCUUACCCCGCUCAAAUGCCAUAGUGGACAGCGACAUUGUAAGCCCGCCGCCGUCGCCACCCCCACCGAUAAACUGGAGCACGCUUCCGUCUCCACGCACAGCAGCACCUCCCGGUUCUCUGAGAGCGCGUCGGCUCACACCGUCUCCAGUCGGCACACCUCAAAGUCAGACGCUGCGAAUCCCGCAAACGAAGUCCUUAGAAGAUACGACAGGAAGCGGAACUCGCAGGUCGCAGUUCCAAAAGUAUGACUCAUCGUCUUCUUCGUCCUCUUCCUUUGGGUUCCGAAGUCUGGACAGCAACAUCAACGCGCGCGCUGCCAUGCCUCGGCUGUCUGAGACUGAUUCCUCUGUUGGCGGAUAUGAGGACGGUGAUGAAGAGGAAAACCGGGAAUCCUCCUUGAAUCUCAGUGCGUUCUCAUCUAUUACUGUAAUUAACGCUUCGCCUGAUACUUCUGCAGCCGUCUCUGGACUCCAACCAAAAGAGCGGGCUCUUGUCAAUGGAGAAAAAGUGUCGCCAUCAUCUCUACGUCAUAAGGACAGCAUCCGGCUACAUCACCAAAAUCAGAGAUCGGACCACCGCACACAUCCGCUAAGGAGGUCGCCGGGUUCGGAAGGGAGUAACAAGAAACUUGUUUCGAACAAUUCCUCUUCGUCUUCUUCAUCUUCCUCAAGUAGCUGCACGGGACGGACGGGAUCGUCGCAGGCUUUCAGGCGGUCGGCGAGCCACUCCACUGCGAAGCAGCAGCAGCAGCAGCAAGUGCAGCAGUCUCUGCUUCGUAUGCCGGAACCUGCUCCUCACGGCUAUCAUACGUGGGACGGCCGGAACCGGGUACGUCGGUCCCGAAGUUUGCAGUUGCCGGAAACUAAGUCUCCCGGAGCGCUAUCGCCUGGCAGCCACAGCCACACAGACGGCCAGUACCUGCAGGUGAAACAACACCCGCACCACUACUUCCAACAGCAACAGCAACAGCCCCCGGAGCCCCAUCGUGUGGUCGUUAAGAUCGGUGCUGAGCCGGCCGAACGACCAAGACGCCCCCUCAUACACAACAGAAAGGCGCAGUCGGAAGAGAGCCGAUACGACGAUGGAGUGCGCUGGGAGGACGAGGCUCGAGCCGUCACGGACUACUUGCACGGGACGCGGAGUCGCGCAGCCGCCCGGGCACUCCUACAGGCGCGAUACCACGCCGAACACGAGACGGAGCGCCGCGUCAACAAAGAACCGGAGCCAGGAUUUAACAUCUUCUUCGUGUCUCGAAACAAGGGCAAGCAGCAGCAAUCACAACAGCGACAGAGAGUCCUACAGCGUGGAAUCACUACACCCACCACGUCUUCAGGUCACGUCUUCUGUCCGGAUCUCAACCCAUGCACUCCGGAUACAUGCGACUUCUGGCCUCAUUGUGCUAAUCGCGACUGUCUGUACCCUCCCUCUAGCCAUAGCAAAUCCUCGACACCUUCUCCAUCCUCUGGAGCCAAACUACCCACAGCGCCAUCUGCUGCCAGUAACAUGCGGCUAUCGCAUAGCUACCCUACUACCGCGCCGACUCAGAAUCAACGCGGUAGGAACGAAUCCAGGCGAAACUACGACAAUGACGAAAAAAGUAAGCGAGGUGAUGGGUCCCGUGGGAGUGGACAAUCCACGAGAUCAUCUCCCGCAUCAUUAGAUCGAGUGGAUGAAUAUGAUCUCACUAUGCCCAGGAAAAAUCAAAGUGGCCUCAACGGUAUCAGCAGUUCUUCCGAUAGGAAACCGAUUCCCCCAGACGUGGAGGACAAGAAACCGAAGAGGAGGAACAGUGGGCAACCGUGUCAGUAUUCACAUAUACCUAGACGUCCUGCAAAUUUCGGUACAAAUUCUGAAAGAAUUAAAGCCGGUUUAGAUACCUCAUCAUGUGUUAACUCCUCCAUAGACAGGGACGCCGGCCAGUAUAGGAGGGAUACGGGUUUUGGCAUGGGAAUUGGUUUAUGUCACCGUCAGUCAAGUGGAAGUUCAAUUGUUGUGUCUCCUUUGAUGGAUCUGGCAGAAGACGGUUUUGAGCGACCGUUAUGUGUUCCAAAGGAACGUAAAGUGUCUCCGAUUGUGGCUAGUGUUGUGAAUAGUAGGUCACCUUCCGCUGUUGGAGGCACCUCCUCGUCAUCUUCAUCAUCCAGUGACGUAUGGGUGACGACGUCUGACAGGACCGUCACGAAGAGUCCCAGAACACAGAAAAGUUCCGGAACUUCUACGCCUUUAGAAGACGCCUCAUCGACAAUAAUGUUGAUGACUAAGUCACCAAUUCGUGACCGUAAGAAGUCGACGCUGGAACCUCGACCUGGAAGCGCUCCAGCAGAGGUGGAAGAAGCCCGGAACAAAAUGAUGCUGGACUCCCAGCAAAGAUCCCUGUCGCUGCCCAAGUCGUUCCUCUCAGAACGUGGAGUAAUCAAGACACCGAAACAAAGUGGCCUGUUCCCCUGGAAGCGGCAAGGAACUGCGGGGAGUUCCUGUUCGACCCCAAGUCCAGGGUUAAGGCCCCCCACGCCAGAGACUUCCCGUACCGCUCCUGCCACGCCUGUGAGGGAACCGUCGUCAAGUGGACAGGACACAAGCCAAUACCGACGGUCUCCAGGACUUUCCAAGUCAGUCCGGCACACCAAGGUUUCCAGCACACCUCUUGAUGACCAAAUCACCAGCAAAUCUGACUGGGACAUUAGAAGGCCACAGUCACAAGCUUGCUCUGAGAAGGAACCAACAGGAUCAUCAAGUUACUUGUCAUCACAAGCAGCACUGCCCCUUCUCACUCAUCCUAGGCUUACUGAUAACAAGGACUUUUCACAGUCACAGCGCAAUAUCUCAGGGAAUGCAUCAGAAAGUAUUCUUCAGAAGUUCCGGAAGAGUUUUGCUCUCAAAUUCCACAAAAAAGGAGGAAGCAAAGAGGGAAGUGAGGGUGGAGAAGAUGUGAUGGAAGAACAACCUCUUGGUGAAGAUGAGAAUGCACAGCUUCAGAGCACUGAGACACCACCUCCUCCUCUACCUCCACCACUACCCCCGCCUGGCAAGGAAGAUGCAGCCUCAGACUCCAAGUUUAAGUUUGGCCCUCUGGUUUGGAGAUCCAGCAAAGAGCAUAAGAAGGGGAAGAAGGCUGCAAGAAAUGCAAAAUGUAAUAGUGGUGAUAGUGGCAUACAAAUAGAGAUGGCCUCAGGAUCAACUAAUAUAGCGGGUGGUGACAGUUCUGAAUCUCAUGACACAGAUCACCAAGUGGAUGAUGAGCCAUUGGAUGAAAUGGAUAGCCCUCCUGCUGUGAGGAGGAGAGUCACAACAGACAAAACGUCACGGCCACAGUCGGAGGUCGUCAACCAGCUAUUAAUUGAGAAGUUAAAG